UGUAUGUGUCUGUUUGCGUGCAACAUAACGGUUACCUGUGAAAACGAGAAUCCUCAAAGAUUAUGUAGCCUAAUGCCCCUGGUGCCUUCAGUAGAGACGAAUCUAGUGGAUGUUAAUUAAAUUUAGUCAUGACUGGAUGUAUUACAGUAAAAUAGCCAAUGUAUUAGUGAGUUAUUUGAAGAGAUUUGAAAGUAGCGUUUCGGCGAUCGACUAAUCGAGUCUGCUGCUAUUUGUGGAUGGGGAGAAAAUUCAAGGAGAGGGCGAGAGUCUUCGCCUCCUCUUGAUGGAUACAAAUCUGUCUGAAAACAAUACACCAUUGAAGUCUGAGAUGAAAAUACUGGCUUUGUGAAAGCGGUGUUUUGAAAAAGGUCUCAGAUCCAGUCUUGACAAUGGAAAUUAAGAGUUGCUGAAGACAUUUGACAACAAAAGACAGGGGAGGUUGAAAAAAACAGAAGAAGGAAAGAGAAGAAAAAAGUUGGAAAACAAAAGAAGAGAAUUGUAAAGGAGAUUGAGCUUUCAAAAGAGGAUCCCCUCACCCUCCUUCUUUUCUUUGUUGGGGACUUUGCCAGUGUGCAUGCUGUCUUUCUUCACUGGACAUCAUUCCCCCAUCUGAGUGAAAGAAACAAAGGGAAGAAUGCGCAAUAAACAGAGAAAGCUGGGGCAGGGGUUCUGCCCCUUGCUGUGCACUGGCAGGACUACUUUGGUGGUGGUGGGGCUGCUGCUGCUGGGAGGUGUGCAGGCCAGCUGGCCUCAGGGACAGGUGGAGUUACAUGGCCAGCUCGAGGCCUCCAUGCACUCCGCUGUCAUCUCCGAGCUCCAGGAAGCUGAGGCAAUGGCUAUAUCCACACAAGCUGCUAGCUUCCCAGACUCGUCUGCAGUGGUGGGAAGGGUAUUCCAGAUGCAUGUGCCAAUUAAGAUGGAUGCAGGCUCCACAGUAAAGAUUGUUGAGGCUGGCAAGGAUGACUUACCUGCGUGGUUACACUGGGAUGUCAAGAGCAGCACCCUUCAUGGCCUUCCUCUAGAGGCAGACAAAGGUGUCCAUUACAUAUCUCUUCUCAUCUCUAAUGGAAGCCAGGUUUCACCCCAUCCUGAUGUUUUCUCCAUUGAAGUGCAUCCAGAGGAGCAUGCAGACAGUGACCCUAUUCAACUGGCAAUUCAAGCAGCAAGCAACAAUGUGCAGUCCUUUGUCUGUGUUAAUGAGGAGCCUGUAACAGUGCUUACAGUUAUCCUUGAUGCUGACCUUACAAAGAUGACUUCAAGGCAGAGAGUGGAAUUGCUUGCCAAGAUGAAGAAAUUUUCAGGAGUUGGGCUCCAGCACAUGAAGAUCUUGCCUGUGGUGAACAACCGCUUGUUUGACAUGUCUGCUUUUAUGGCAGGGCCUGGAAAUGCCAAAAAGGUGGUAGAAAAUGGUGCUCUUUUAUCUUGGAAACUAGGCUGUGCUCUGGACCAAGGUUCUGUACCCAACAUCAGCAGUGUCCAGGUACCAGCGAAGGAAGGAACCAUGUCGGCACAAUUAGGAUACCCUGUUGUUGGAUGGCACAUUGCUAACAAAAAACCUCAUGUUCCUAAGCGAGUACGUAGGCAUAUCAACAACACCCCUACUCCUGUACCUUCAUUACUUCCUCCAACCACCUACUCUGAACCUCCAACCCGUAUUAUUCCCACUCCCACAUCCCCUUCUAUUGCCCCCACAACAGACACCUCCUCCUUCCCUGUGAGGGGACCUGUGCCCUUGCCUGUGAAGCCUACAAUCCACACAAGAGAUCCAAUAGCCCAUACACCAACAAUUGGUCCAGUUCUGCCAACAACAAUUAUGGAGACAACCAGCACUAUUGCAAUCCAGCCCACCAUGACCCGACCCAUGCCUGUUGGGCCUUCUGUUACUCCACCAACACCAACGACGAGAAAACCAACCAAGAAACCCAGGAGACCUAAGACCACUCCUAUGUCUAAAAUGACCCCAACCAAACCACCCAGGCGCACUACUCCCUCUCCUGUCUUUCCUGGCAUGGAUAAUCAGAAGCCGGAACUUCACAAUCCUAUUGACCAAGUAAAUGCAUGGGUAGGCACAUAUUUUGAAGUGAAAAUACAAGGAGACACUUUCUUUGACAAAGAGGAUGGCACUACUGAUCAGUUGAAAUUGACUCUGAGAAAGAACCACAAUGAGGUGGUAGGAGAGGACUCAUGGAUCCAGUUCAACAGCACAAGCCAACUUCUGUAUGGAUUGCCAGACUGGCAGCAUAUUGGUAAACAUGAGUACUUCAUGCAGGCAACUGACAAGGGCAGUCUAUAUGCAAUAGAUGCCUUUGAGGUUCAUGUAAAUCGCUGGGCUACUAGUGACAAGCCACCUGUUCUGUUUGCUGCUCGUUUCGAAGGGGAACCACAUAGUGUAACCAGCAACAUCCAGAAGAAAAUUCUUCUUGUCAAAAAGCUGGCCAUCUCAUUCGGAGAUCGUAAUAGCAGCACCGUAACUUUGAAGAACAUCACCAAGGGCUCCAUUGUGGUGGAGUGGACUAACAACAGCCUUCAGCAGAACCCUUGUCCUAAGGAACAAAUUCAGGCUAUGAGCAGCAAGAUUUCUAAUAUCAAAGGCGUACCAUCCAAACAAUUUGCUAUGAUAAUGGGUCCUGAAUUUAAACCCUUAAACAUCACCAUCACGGGUACUGGAAGCUGCCGUAACUACAUGUUUGUUCCUCCUGGUGAAAUCCCUGUACCUAUUCCCCCUACUGUCACACCACCAUUAGGCGGGAGUCGCCAGAGCACUGAUGAUGUUUACCUGCACACUGUCAUUCCAGCAGUAGUGGUGGCAGCCAUCUUGUUAAUUGCAGGCAUUAUAGCUAUGAUCUGCUAUCGUAAGAAACGUAAGGGCAAACUUACUAUUGAGGAUCAGGCAACAUUUAUCAAGAAGGGAGUGCCAAUCAUAUUUGCUGAUGAACUGGAUGACUCUAAGCCACCUCCAUCAUCUAGCAUGCCCCUCAUUCUGCAGGAAGAGAAGCCACCUCUUCCCCCACCAGAGUACCCCAACAUGGCCAGUCCAGAGACCACUCCCCUUAAUCAGGACCUACUUGGAGAGUAUACUGCUUUGCGGGAUGAGGAUCCUAAUGCCCCUCCCUACCAGCCGCCUCCUCCCUUCACGGCACCCAUGGAAGGCAAGGGGUCCCGCCCAAAGAACAUGACCCCCUACAGAUCACCACCACCCUAUGUCCCCCCCUAAUAUUUGACAAUGGCAUCACAUAAAGCCAAGAGGGGACUUUCUGCAGUUCCAUGCCAGUGUUUUCUGUUUGGAAUUAAAAGGGGGAAACAGAGGCUCACUACAAUGUGGGAUUUUGGGCUGGGGUGGGCUGGGGUGGGCAGGGCAUGGGCUGAUUAGUCAAAAAAUGGAGAGAAGGAAUGGUCUAGGACGUAGCCUGCAAGAGUUGCCAACAACCACUUGCUCAAGUGAGUUCACUCGAGCUACUGCUGAACCGCAAGUUGGGACACAUGCCCUUCUGUCCCAAUGCUUUUUUCCCCCACUAUGGGCUUGUAAAAUCUCUUUUCCAUGUUGGGUUUGUUUUUUUUUUUAAUCAUUAUUUUAGUUUGGUUUUCCUUUUGGGUGAUUUGAAACUAUUUGCCUAACAGCACUCUUUUUAACUUCUGAACAUUUACUUUUAAAUAAUACAAGAAUGAAAUAGGUACUGAGUAAAGGGGCAAGGAUUUCAUAGAGAAACUACAAAUCAAGAAGAAUGGUAAUCAUGGAGAAUUCUGACAGCCCGACAGGCAACGUCUGGUUGGGUUUCAUUUCAUAUGGUUUGCCUUGACACUAAUUGUAUUGUUUCAUACAUAUUCUUGUAAUGAGCAUAACAAGAGGUAGCCAAAAAGUCUAAAACUAGAGAUUUUCUUUUCUGUUUAAUCCAAUGUAUAUUUGAAAGAUGUCUUGAUAGACUAAAAUAGUGUUUAUUUUUUAUUAUUAUUAUUUUUAUUUCAAGGGUUGGGAGCACAUGACUGAAAUAACCUAGUUAUAUAUACACAUAUAUGCAUUCAUACAUACAUGCAUGCAUAACGCGUGUGCGCGUGUGUGUGUGUGUGUGUGUGUGUGUGUGUGUGUGUGCCUAGCAGUAGUAUUAGUAGUAGUAAUAGUAGUAGUAGCAGCAGCAGUAGUGGUAGGUUUUUUGUUUGUUUUGUUUUUAUUUCAUUUUGACACCCAAUUCAGAAAUAAAAGAUGGUACUGUAUGCUGAAAUAAUGGACUGUAUCUGUUUCAUGUUCCUAUUAUUAAAGGCCUCUUGUAGUCAUCUCCUAGGAUUUAGUAGCUUUUUAUACCUAUGAUAGAUGUUAUAGAUGGAACAUGCUUGAAAUUCAUUCAAAACGACAACUAAUAAUAAUAAUAAUAAUGAUGAUGAUGAUAAUAGUAAUAAUAACAAUAAUAAUACAUUCAGGUGAAAUGUGGUCAAGAAACAAGAAAUUGAUUAUAUUUGGGACAAAGGAUAAUUGAUUAUGCAGUGAUGCUCCCUUUGACACUUUAAUGGACAAACGUAUUCAGUGAUAUGAAAAUUCUAGUUGGAAAUCCUCAAUUGCAUGAAUACAGCUGGCUAAAAGUCCAGGAUAAAGUGAAACAUUCAUCAGUCAUCUCAAAUCUUUUAAAGGAAUAUGUGAAUUCUCAGUCUAUUUUUUUACAGAGUUUUUGAUACAAGAAAUAUAAUGUAGGUGUAAUUGCAAUUUCUAAAUGUAAUUUUAAAUGGUCAAAUUCACAUAGGUAAUGGAUCAGUUUCAAUGUUGUUGUUAUUGUUGUUAUUAUUAUUAUUAUUAUUAUUAUUAUUAUUAUCAUUAUUAUUAUUGCUGGAGGUGGUGAUGGUCAUUUUUAUUUUGCCAUAUUAACAGUUACCCCAGAACAUCAGCAUUCUCCAGAGAAAUGAGCCCUUGCAAUAAUGGGAGGUAUACUGAUAUGAUGGCUAUAACCAUUCUGUAACGAGAUCAUGGUGCUGAGCUGUUUUUUUUUUUUUUUUUUUUUAUCUUCUUAAAUUACCCUCCCUGUGCCCACAUACUACAGAUGCUAUACUUUGUGGACCAAUGCACAGUAUAAGCCAAUAGAUUCACUGUACUUUAAAUUUUAUCAAUAAAUGAGUAAAAUGCUCCUCCAUAAAUAUAAUUGGAUCAUUUUCAGACCUCAAAGUUCUGAUUCUGUGUCUGGGAUAUCAUAUGUGCAGUUAAUUUAUAUUUCACAUCAGGUUUUGUGUGAGUCAGUUUUAAUUUGAAUAAGGCGCUGAAAAGAGAAAACAACAAAAUAAAGUACUCAUGACAUUUUGAUACAAUUGUAGUGUUUGACAUACUCCUCAGCUCUCUUUCCCUGAUGUUGAGUGUCUUUAAAGUUGAGAAUGGAGACAGUACUUCAAUUUAAUUGUGAUAAGUCUGCUAGAUUAAUGCAGUGAAUAUUUUUGUGGCCUUUUAUUAUAUGUUUAGAAUUUUCAUCUAUUUGUAUCAUUGACCAUGAAGUUCAUAUCACAAAGCAAUGAAUUUAGAUGUUAUCAACACUCCACAAUCAUAGUCUCAAGCAAGUCACAUGUUGGGUGGAAAACCAAAGAUGCAAAGUGUUAAUCACGUAGAAUAUGGCUCAGUUUUUUGGAUGUAAGUUAGACAAACAGUAUAUGAUAUGUCUUUAAAGUACUAAUUCAAGUGAUUAUCAUAACAUCAUAUAAAUAUAUAAAUAUAUAUAUAUAUAUAUAUAUACAUACAUGCAUUUUUUUGUUUUGUUUGUUUUUUUAAAAGUGGGAAAUAGCACAACACACAAAAUGUGUUAAGGCACUUCACUCUACUUCAUGUGUGACUACUGUGGCGCAUAUUGUAUAACAAAGGCAGUUUUUCUUUACUAAAGCAAUUCUUUGAGAUUUAAAGUUAACCAGAACCUUGGAACAGAUACAGAUCGAUAUCCCUGUCAGUUUUCAUCUCAAAUCUCUUAAUGUUGUACCUUUUGUUGCCUUUUUGAAAUAUAUAGUUUGUCAUUGGUGUGUUAAAUCCCAUGGGCCUUACGCAUGACAUUAGUGCCCAAGCUUCAACCAAGAUAUAUAUAUUUUUUGUGUGUGAGUGUGCGUGUGUUUCUGGUCGAACAAAUGAAUCAUUACAACUGGAAAAUUAAGGCUGACAAUAACUUUCUGCUAAGUUUUAAUGACUGGAAUCACUUUUUCUGUUGUUUUCACACAUAUAUAUUCCUUGUGCUGCAACUGUUAUCAAGCGGCAGCAGACAGCCAUUUCAGUGGGCAAGACCUAUCCUGCGCUAAACCACAUCAGCAGCCAGCUGAAAUGUGAGGGCUUCACAAUGCAGAGACUGUUAGAAACGGUUAGAGGAGAAAGGAAAGAAGUAACUGGACAUAUGAUUGAAUGAAAGGGAGCCUCAUGAAUCUUUUGAAGCCUGACCUAUUCUGUUUCCACGUUGAAUAAAAUCAGUGAUGAAGAGAAUGCAUAGAAGAAUCUAUUAUUUUGUCUGUGUUUUACAUUAUUUGAUUUCUGCCACUAGACACUGUAUGUUCAAAUCUUGUAUUAAAAAAGUGUUUUCACCAA